UUCAAAUAUGCUUUACUUAAUUUUUGGCAACAACUUUUUCCUCUGGAAAUGUUUUAGAAGACGGAAUAAAUUAAAUUUAUUUUUAUUUAAUUAUUACAAAUUGUUAUUUUUAUUAGAAUGUUUAAAUGCACAAAAACAACAACAAAAUUGUUUUGAAAAACAAUACAAAAAUUUACAAAUUAAUUUUGGUUCUCUACAUAUUAUUAAACGAAUUGGCAUAGUUUCGGCUCCAGAUGCAUUUUAUUUGGCACAUUAUAUAGAUGAAGAUAUUGCUGAAAGGAGGAUUAAAAAUUAUAAAAUUGAGACGGGAGAUGAUAGGAAUUUUUUAAAAAUGUCAAAUGGCGAAAAACAUGUAAUUUAUUCAAGUAAUUCUGCACAUAAUUUGGAAUGGUCACAACCUGAAAUAUUAGUCAACAUAAUUCAUUUAAUUUCAAUUAAUUUAAAUAAAAAUAAAACAAUUCAACAACAACAACAUUCCCCAAUUAUUUUUGUUAAUGCCUGCAAAGCACAAAAUUCAAAGCCAUUUUCAAUUAGCAAUCCUUUUGCGGUUAAUCCAAUGCUUUUAGGAAUUGCUUCUGCUGCUUAUGAAAAUGAAUUGAUUAUUAAUUUUAAAACUUUUGAAAAUGGUCUUUUAUUUUAUUCAAUGGCUAAUCAUGGUGAUCACUUAAUCGUUCAGCUAUCUUUUGGCCGUUUAGAAAUAUAUUUUGAUUUUGGUGCAAAUCAAAGAAAUGUACUUAUUGAAGGAUUGGCUUUAAAUGAUGGAGAAUGGCACGAGAUGCGUUGGUUACAUCAUUUUGAUAGUGUAGAAUUGUUUGUAGAUUCAAUUUUAAUAAAUACAACAGAAAUUGGUGGCCUUUAUCGCAAAUUAGAUUUAAAUUCCGAAAUAGAAAUUGGUGGAAGAAAUGAAGAAUUUGUUGUUGAAAAGAUUAAUGGAUUAAAUAUAGAAAAUGGAUUUCAUGGUUGUUUUGCUAGAAUAAUGCUAAAUAAUGUUGAUUUAUUAUCCUCUGCGCCUGUAGAAUUGAAAGAAUGUAAAGUAAUGAUCCCUCAACCACAACUUUUUUCUCUUGGAUUAUCUACUAGUCUACAAAUUCCAUAUACAUUUCUACCGUUUUCAUUAGAUUUUUAUAUAAUUCCAAAUUCUGGUCCUUUACUUACAAUUUUGGAUAAUGAAAAUUCUAGUCUUUUACAAAUAAAAAUUGAAGAAAAAGAAGAAAUUGAACAAGAAGAAGAAUUGUUACCAAAUUAUAUAAUUAUUUUUUCAAUUGGACCUCCAGGAUGGCAUUCUUUAGUAUUAAAAUUGCGAGCAGAUUCAUUAGAUUUAGUUUUGAACAGUAAAACAAUUUUUUGGGUACAAGGAAAUCAGGCUAGGCAAAUUGGUGCAGGAAUGCAAACAUUUUUACUCUCAGCUUCUGGUUGUUAUCGUUCUACAACAAUUGACUUAAAUCAAGGAAUAUUAAUUGGAAAUGAAUACAAGCGAGAUGAAUGUUCUUUAAUUCAAAAAUGUUCACCAAAUCCGUGUAUGAAUGGAGGAAAAUGUAUACAAAAUAAUUUUUAUACAUUUAAUUGUAAAUGUUCAAAUAAUUAUAGUGGAAGAUUUUGCCAAAUUUCUAAAUUACCAUCUUCAUGCGAACAAUAUUUUGCUUUAAAUACUUCAAAAAAUAUUGCUAAAAGAAUUAAUAAACAAUUAUUAAUGAUUGACUUGGACGGCGGUGGUUCAUUAAAACCCUUCAAUGUUGAAUGUAAAAAAAUAAAUAAUUUAAAGAAAAAAGGAGAAAAAUCUCAAAAAGAAAAUAUUGAAUACUUUACUAUUUUAAAUAAUGAUGCUCCAAAAACUGGAAUUCAAGUACGGGGUAUUUCUGAGCCUGGUUCUGUUCGUCAUAUUCUCAAUUAUGGAUUAGAUAUGGAUGAAUUGGAUAAUUUUAUUUCGUCGUUUGAACAUUGUGAACAAAAAAUGAGUUUUCAAUGUUCCAACGAUCAACGAUUAAUGACUUAUUCUGGUGAAGAUAAUAAACGCCCAUCUGUUUGGUAUACAACACGUAAUGGACAACAAGGUCUUCAAUGGGGUGAUGCUCCUCCUUUUUCUCGAAUGUGUCCGUGUGCAUUAAAUGAUUCUUGCUUAUUAAACUUUAAAUGUAAUUGUGACAGUGGAGAAGCUUCUUUAGACGAAGGAAUUAAUUCCCAUAUUCAAUUACUUCCAAUUCUUCAAUUAUUUAUUGGAGGGGGAACAAGCAGUCAAUCCUUAGCAAAUGUAAGCAUUGGCCCUUUAGAAUGUUCUGGAAGAUAUAUUUCUGAAACAAUAACAUUUACUGAUAGAAAUCAACGAUUACUUACUUCAUUAAAUUUUAAUAAUGCUAGAACAUUUUAUACUUCAAUUCAGAUUAAAUUAACACAUCCAAGCCUUACUAUAUUUACUUUUACUUCAACAAAUCAAGAACGUUGGUUUCAACUUUCUGUAAGAGAUGGACAUCUUGUUGGACAAAUAGUUAAUGCUGGAUUAAUAAAUGAAAUAAUUAGUGAUGUUCGUGUUGAUGAUAAUCGGUGGCAUUUAAUAUCAUGGGAAAUAGAUGAACAAAAACAAAUUUUACGUGUUGAUUUAAAAGAAAAAAUUUUGAAAGAUUUUUUUAUUUUACCAAAAACUUCAAUUUUAAUUAUUGGUUCGCGUACUUAUAUUCCUGAUCGUUCUGGUUUUGCUGGACAAUUGAAGCAUUUUAUUUUAAAUGGAGAAUCUAUUCGGUUGGGACAAUUGGCAAAAAAAGUUUUGGGAAAUGGAAUUCAAUUAGGUGAAUGGGGGGCUUGUAAUAUCAAAGCAAAUAAUAAUGAAAAAUGUCAAAAUGAAGGAAUUUGUGUUGAAUUAUAUGAUGGAUUUAAAUGUAAUUGUUCUUUAACUCCAUUUGCUGGUGAUACAUGUGAGGAAGAAGUUGGUAUGUGGUUAUCUACUGGUUCAGAAUUACGCAUUGCUUGGCAACAUCCUGGUCAAGUUAAUAAUUGUUUUAGAAUUAAUGUACAAACUUCAAAUAUUAAUAAUAAUGGAAUUAUUAAUUUAAUAAGAGCGAAUGCGUUAUUUGCUGAAUCUCGUUUCAAUUUAAGUAUUGAUAAAGAAGGUCAUUUAAAUGCGUUUAUAUUUGAUGGAUUUUUCUUCACACAAAAUGUAACUUAUGAUAAAAUUAGAAUAACAGAUAAUAAAAACAAAGAUAUUCGUUUUUGUGCAAAUUCAACAGGAUUCUUUUUAAAUAUAAAUGGAGAAAUUGCCUUUUCAUUAUUGGGAAAUUUUACCUUCUUUUCUUUACUUAAUGUUUGGAAUUUUGCUGAUAAACAAAAAUUUAAAGGAUGUAUUUCACGUUUAAUGAUUGGUAAUGCUUUUCCUUUGAAAAAUCCGAAAGAAUCAAGGCUUUUAUAUUCUGGAAAAAUUAAUUUUGGAAGUUGUCCUUUUGAUAAAAUCGAACAACACAGAAAUGAACAACAAAAAAUAAACUCAUUAAAUUCCGACGACUAUUAUAACGAAAUCCAUUUAUCAAGUUUUGUUAAAAGUCAAAAGAAAUUAUUGUUUAUAACACCAAUUAUUGGCCUUUUAAGUGCUUUAUUUAUUCUUUUAACACUUUUUAUUUUUCUUGUUUAUAUUCAAAGAAGGCCUGAUGGAGUUUACAAAACUAAUGAAAAUAAUAGCAAUUUUAUACCUGUUCCACCUCUAAUUCCAAUUUUAUCAAAUAAUUAUGAAGCAGAAAAAAAUACCUCAAAGAAGUAUAAUAACAAGGAAACUAAAUUUGCAGAAUGUGAAUCAUUAAAUGAUGCUCCUCAACCUCAAGAAUUCUUUUGUUGA